GUUCGAAGUCGGUUGGUUGAGUGACUCUUCUGCGAGACGAUAGCAAAAAUAGUGAUCAAAUAUUGUACAAAAACAAUCGGCUGAACAAAGAGCGACAGUUUAAAUCAUGACGGAGUUGAAAUCCAACGCAAAUCAGCAGCAGAGUCGGCAAUGCGGUACCAUAUAUCCUGCUCAUCAGAAUGUACACAUCAACAACUCUCAGCAGAGCAUUCCAGUGACUACAACGAAUGCGAACAAGCCUUUAAAGAAACAAACGAGUGCGCUGGAUAACAUUGCUUUUCAUCUUGGAAUAGGAAAAUCUGAUAGUGAUCUAGCUGAUGAUAGGAAUCUUUAUGUAACGUUAUUGUUAUUAGGUGCAUUAGUUAUAGUAUUCGUUGCCAGUGUCACGGGUUUCUUUGUAAUGUGGUUCACUGAUGUCUAUGAUAACUCAUUGUUAGAGAAACUUAAAUUAAGUUACAACUCAACUGCAGCAGAAUGGUGGGAGAGACCACCCGUCAAUCCUUUGUUGAAGGUACAUGUUUUCAACUAUACCAAUAUUGAGGAAUUCUUCAACGGUGAAGCAAAGAAGCUCAAAGUUGUGGAUCUAGGUCCUUAUGUGUAUCGUGAAACAGCUGGAAAGAUCAACGUUUCAUACAACGGUGAUGGCACUAUAACCUAUAAGGAGUUUAGAUCUUAUCAGUUUUUGGCGAACCAAUCCAGUGGCAUGCAAUACGACAAAGUUGUGAUACCAAAUAUUCCUAUGUUUACCGCAGUUUCAAAAUACUAUGACGAAACAUUCUACAAAAAAAUGUUGCUCAAUACGGCAUUAUCAGGUGUGGGCGCAAAACCGUUCAUAACUCUACCAGUGGACUCGUUUUUGUGGGGCUAUGAAGACGAGCUUUUAAAUUUAGCAAAAAAGUUCUCUUUCAACAGUGAAAUAUCGUUUGAAAAGUUUGGAAUUCUCAUGACGCGAAACGGAACUAGUGCGGAAACUUUUACGAUAUACUCCGGCGAAAUGGAUUUGAAGCAGUUAGCAGUUAUUAAAGGGCUUGAUGGAAAAUCAGCUCUCGAUUUGUGGACCACUGACGAAUGCAAUCGCGUUGAUGGUACAGACGGAUCUCAGUUUCCACCGCAUUUAAUGGACAAACGGCAGACUUUGUACGUCUUUAUCAAAUCUCUCUGUCGGAAGUUUCCAUUGCGAUACGAAAAAGAAGUAACUUUAUUUGAUGGGAUUCCAGCCUGGCGGUACAAAGCUCCAUUGAAUGUGUUCGCCCACCCAAGUAUUAAUGCCGAUAACCAAUGCUUUUGUCAUUUGGGUUCGGCAUCGUGUCCACCAAGUGGACUUCUAAACGCAACUAUGUGUUCUUACGGAGCACCAAUAUAUGCUUCGUUUCCUCACUUUUAUACCGGUGCCGAGUCGUUGUUAGAUACAGUUGAUGGAUUGGAUCCUCAACGAGAUAAACACGAAACGUAUGCUGAUAUUCACCCUAGGCUGGCAUUUCCUAUAGAUGGAGCUUCCCGAUUUCAGAUCAACGUCCAAGUUAGAAAAACAUCCUAUAUUACAGGGCUGGAAAAAUUUGAUGAAGACCAUAUACUGCCAGUCGUUUGGCUAGAAGUUGUUCCUGGCGUGAUAUCCGAAGAAUUACGCAACAUGAUAUAUCAUAGCACAUUCAGUGCUAAUGCCAUUCAGCUUUCUUUUAAGUAUGGUUCGCUACUAAUUUGCGUUACAACGCUGGCUCUUUUGUCAAUGGCAUGUUACUUCCGUACCAAGAACAACUCCGAUUAUAAUUUGAGAUGUAUUGACCAAUUUACAAAAACGACAAAUGAAACACCAGCAAAAUCGAUUUCAGUGAAUGAAACGAAAAACAACGAAAUCCAUUAAUUGAGGGGUAGAGUAAAUUAAGGUUGUAGAUUAAUAUGUUCAAGAAACUGGAUAUAAAUGAAAUGAUUAGGUAAAUAUUUUCAAUUGAUUUGCAUUGUAAUCAUAUACCGGUGAAUUAGCGAUUGCAGUGCUAUUUGUUCCUUCUCGAAAAAUAGGACUUAAAUAACUUGGAUACACUGUGUAUUCUGAAAAAAAUGCAUUUGGGUAAUCUUUCUACAAGAACCAAUAACAGCAUUCGUCGACAAAUUGUGCGCUUUGAGAUAACAGUAUAUUUGCAUACAGUUUUAAUGAAAUUGAGAAUUUUAUAAAGAGCAAUGGAAAGAACCGCGAUCUUUCCUUUUCAGAGCAGCUAGAUAAUGACUACAAUAAUAUAGUUCUAAUACUGCCCUUAAUGACAAGUCAGUCCCAUGUUCUAUGCGAUUCCCUAUCUACAUGUGACUAACUUGCGAUUUUAGGCAGAACAUGUCUUUAAUAAUAACUAUAAAUACCCGUUAUAUAACUUACGUGAAAGUUAUGAAUGAAUGAAAAAAAUUCUGCGAAUAGAAAAAAUCAUUAUAAAUAUAACAUCAAAUAUUUUAAUCUAUUACUAUGAACACUUGUGCUAUGAAAGAGCUGUAUCUGUAGCUCUACUCGUGCCUUACAACGUGUGUGACAGAGACGUACCAGCUGCAUUGCAUUGAUCACUGUGCCACCUAUAAACGUUUACUAAACGUGAUUUUUCGGUCGUGUAAUUGGAAAGGGUAGUUACAUAUGUCAUUUCGAAUCGGACCUAAACGUCUGUUAUCUAUGUUAUAGUUAAUUGAACCUCGUUAAAAUACAUGCGAAAUCCAAUAUCUAAUUAAUAUAAAGAUAAUCUUCAACAACGAAUUAACUUUAAAUGCCUACUGUACUAUUAUAGCAGAAGAGCUGCUAACAUUACAGUUCGACAGUGUCGGUUUUAUACUUAGUAAGUAAACCCUAAGAUGAUUAAUAAAUAUAUGGUGGAUUACUAAAACUAAUGAAUUACAUUAGUUUUAUUUUUACCACUAGCUAUGUGAAGUAGUCACUAAAUAAAAAUUAAGUGUAAACCUCAUCUAUUACGGUAAACAGUUCUCAAACGUCGCGUGAGAAAGCAUUUUUACGGUUUACGACAGUUGUCAAGUUUAUUUCUUUGCAAGGCCUGAUAUAGAUUAGCCGUUGAAACCACGAAGGAUGCUCCAUUUUACUGGCACUGAAAACAUGUAUUAAUUUUAAGCAGUUAGAUUUUUCUGAAAUAGACAAGAAUCUUUUUAUAUUAAGAAUGCAGAAAUCAUGUUUUCAAAUGUAAAUAUUUUAUAAAUAUUUUAUCCUCUUUACACUAUAAUAAGGUUAGUAAAUAUUGUGAAUACUCAGAUUUUAUCGUCAACUAUAUAAAGUAGAUUUGUUUUGAAGAAGAAUCUUGUAAAA